AUGUUGUUCUCCUAUGUUUCUUUCACUAUUAUUCGCCACAACUUCCACAUUCUCCAGCAUCAGCAGCUGUCUUGGCCCAGCUCGGCUGAUCGGCCUCCAGCGCGUUUGCGGGGGGCUGGCGAAUGCCGAAUCACGGCUUCGAGCACUCGGGCAUCCUUCGACAUGGAGUCAGGCGUUGCGGGCCGAGAGCGCACCGGGUCGUGGAUCACUGAUAAUCUCAGUCUGGGACGAGCCUUAGGAUACUCAGCUUAUACCUUUCGCCGGCUUUUAGUCUUAGUCUCUUGUGUGCUGGGAGUCAUGCAGUACGGCUUGGUACUCACCAAUGGUGUCACGGUGAGCGACUUCAACAGUUACUACAACCUCACCACUUCGGAGGGGGAUUUCCUAUACGGCUGCAUGAACUUUGGGGCUUGCGCGUUGUCCUUCGUGCCGGGGCUUUGCUAUGACCGCUUGGGCUGCAUCCCAGCCAUGCUCUUGGGAACGCUGGUGGCAGACUGCGGAGUGCUGCUACAGCUGAUUUGGACACCCACCUGGCCACAGUUCAUCUCAACCAUGGGGGGUUUGUCUUUCUGCUACACCUGCUUCGGUUUUGCUUCCACCUUCUUCAACGUCAUCGGAUCCUUUGCCCCCUUGGCGGCCUUCUCCGUGAAGUAUGUGGGCAAAAUCUCUGCUUGCAUCCAGGUCUGUAUGUCCCUAGGCAUCACGGUCCAGACGCAGGCCUAUUAUUUCCUGAAACAAUUGGGCGGCGAUCCGAUUCAGAAUUACUUGAUCUAUGCCCUUGUUACCUUCAAUCUCGUGGGCCUUUUAAUGCCUCUCGCAUGCACUUGCUGUUUUUUUCUCCGAGGUCGUUCAUGCAAAAAUUCAUGUGAGUGGGGUGUGCAGAUGAAAAUGCUGUCUCCUAGGUACAGCGUGGAUUUUGCCUACAUGUUCUUGCUCUUUUGCAGUGCCAUUGGUUUUAGCUUCAGCUUCCUGAAUUGCCUGGGCCGUUUGGCGGCGGAGGCCUCGGUCAGCGGGACGGAGCUCUCCAGCGUCUUCGGUCUUGUGAACGCCUUUGGACGUUUGUUGGUGUGCUUGCCCCUGGACUACACGCGCAACUACCGAUGGGGCGGCAUUUAUGUCUACAUCUUCCUCUCCCUCUCGGUCUACAUCCUGGGCUUGCUACUGCUGGCUUUGCCUUCCCAUCCUGGUGCUUUUUUGGUGCGUGUGGCCAAUAUCUUCGCCUCACUAGGCUAUGGCGGACUGCUGGGCAUUGUCCCACCAGCCUUGCGUGUGACCUUCGGCACGCAACACCUGGGCAUCAUCUACGGGCUCCUAUACGUGGGCGUUGCCGUCUUCGAGCCCUUGUGGGGUCUUCUCUUCCAAAAGCCCCAGAACUGCAGCGGCGUCGAGUGCUACAAUCUCUACACCAGGACCAGUGCUGGCACUUUGCUCGUGACCUUGACUGCCACUUGGGCAGUCCUGAGGCACGACCAGCGACGUCAGCGACGCCAUCCCGCCUGCGAGCUGUUGCGCUAA